AUAAUCGUAGGUUUGGAGUGAUUUUGGGUGGUGGCUUCGAUGCGAGGACCUGUAGGCUGAAUUAUAGAAUAUAAAAAGACUGUUGGUCGUUUUCUUCAAUCACAUCAGAAAUCAGUGCGUUUCAGAUUCAAUAUCCCGCAAUGUACAAAGUUGUAGCAAUUUGCGCCCUUUUGGCUGCAGUGGCCAGCCCAGCUACCAGCCAGGCCACAUCCUUCGUUUCAUUCAACGAAAACCACAACUCAGUAAACCACGUCCAGUCGGCCCCAGCUUCUCCCAGUUACCCCAGCUACUCCUCCCCAGCUCAACGAAAAAUCGCCAUUCCCAUUGUAGCUAAAGUGGCCCCAGCUCCUUCAUACUACAGCGCUCCAGCUCCUAUCCAGGUAGCUUCAGUGGGCAAACGUCCCUCUUAUGUGGCAUACGAAGAAGAACAGGGCCCAGCCAAGUACGAGUUCGCCUACAUUAUCCAGGAUCCUCACACUGGCGACUAUCACUCCCAAGAGGAGAAACGCGAUGGAGACCAUGUGGUUGGACAGUAUUCUCUCCAUGAAGCUGAUGGUACUGUACGAGUGGUCAAGUACUCUGAUGAAGGCCAUGGUUUCAACGCUGUGGUUGAGAGGCAGGGCAACCCUACUCCAGCCCCAGUAGCCUACAAGAGCUACUAGGCUUUGGAUGGUUGAGGAGGAUAGACUAAUUUUUUUGCCUAAUAUGUAGAUUUGUUGUUGUUUCUGUUACCUAUUGAAAUAAAGUGCAUUUAACCGCAAA